AUGCCUCUCAAGCUGCAUUACUUCGAGCUGCCUGGUCGCGCUGAGACCUGUCCCCUUUGCCUUACCAUCGGCAAGGUUCCCUUCAAGGAAAUCAUUUACGACGCCAAUAAAUGGCCAGAUCACAAGCCCAGAAUGCCCUUUGGCCAAGUCCCGGUCCUCGAACUAGAAGAUGGGAGGAUGCUGACACAGAGCAGCGCCAUUGACCGCUACGUCGCCAAGCUAGCCGGGCUCUACCCGGACGACCCGCUGCAGGCGGCACUGGCGGACCAGGCAGUGUUCCAGAUGGCCGACAUUUUCCAGCUCUUCACACCAACGCUCCAAAUGCCGCUGGAGGAGAAGGUGAAGGCCCAGCAGGAGAUUCUGGCAACCAAAGCCAAGGAGAAGUUGCUGCAGCUGUCCGGGCUCCUGGAGACUUGUGGCGAGUACGUGGCGGGCGAUAAGCUGUCGUAUGGUGACGUCUCAGUGUUCGUCGGCCUCUCCACGUUAGGCCGUCACAUCCUCCUGGAAGGCAAGAGCUAUAUCUAG